UCUCUUUCCUUGUAGCUGAACUAUCCAUCAACGGUCACAACAUGUUCAAAGCCAAGGAGCGCAAGGGCCCCAGCACUCCGCUCAAGUCAUCAUCAGCACAGGUCCAGCUGCAUUCAACGGAGCCCUACCCCCAUCGCCUGAACUUCUACGACCUCCCUCCCAUAUUCGACGUCACCCUCGAAGAGUUCGAGUCCGCCGCCCUCGCCCGCCUCCGCAUUCUCGCCGAAAUCGAGUCCUCCUUCGUCCGCAACCGCUCCUACGACGAGCUCAAGGCCGUCACAAAGACGCAGUGCGACAAGUACCUCACCCUCAACGCCAACUCGGCCAGCACGUGUGAUUUGCAGGGAGAGCGGAGGAGAGACCAUGUCGGGCAUUUCGUGCUGAGGUUGGCGUUCUGCCGGUCGGAGGAGCUACGGAGACGAUUCGUCAAGGCGGAGAUGAUGCUCUUUAGAGUACGUUGGGAUUCAGAUGAUACCCGCGAACGCGAGGCGUUCCUCAGCUCAAGAGACUUCGACUGGGUUCCAGUAGAUGACAAGGAGAAAGAGAUGUACAAGACACAGCUCAUGGCUGUCCCCAGCAACAUCAGGCCGCAGGAUCUCGAGGCACAUUUUAAAAAGGACAAAUACUACAAGGUACGAUGGACACGAGUCCCAGAUCUGGUCGAGAAACGACGAGUGUUCCUCAAAGGCGGGUGGGCCUACGUGCCAGCGCGGGAGCAAUCCAGCAUGGUCUUCCAAGAAUUCCAAACAAACCUCGAAAAGGCGCUCGAGAUGACAGCGAAGGCGCUGCCCCGGCUGGACGAGGACACGCGCCUGCUCCCGAUUCUGAACAACCUCUCGCAGGGCUUCCUCGCGGGCGUCCCGUCCGAGUGGCUGUCGUCCUCGUCGUCCGCGGCGGAGGGCGGCGGGAUCAAGGCGGAGGAGGUGGACGAGCUAGCGCGAAAGCACUUCCCGAUGUGCAUGCGCAAUUUGCACGAGAGUCUCAUGCGCGACAGACACUUGAAGCAUAUGGGGCGGUUGCAGUACGGGCUGUUCUUGAAGGUGCUGGGGCUGUCGAUAGACGAGGCGAUCACGUUUUGGCGGAGGUCGUUCAGCAAGAUUACGGAUGACAAGUUCAACAAGGAGUACCGUUACAACAUCAGGCAUUCAUACGGUCUCGAGGGACGCCGGGCCAACUACCCAGCUAAGAGCUGCCAGCAGAUCCUCAUGCAGGACCAGCCAGGCCCGAACGAGUCGCACGGGUGCCCGUACCGCCACUUUUCAGAGGACAACCUGCAGUCCGCGCUGCUCGCGUCGUACGCGCCGCACGGGCUCACCGCGGCGGACCUGCCGGAGAUCAUGCACACGGUGCGCGCGGGGCACUAUCAUGUGGCGUGCACGCGCGUGUUCGAGAUCACGCACGCGCGCAGCGGCGGCGUGAAGAAGGGCGAGGGCGUCGGCGGCGGGGAGAGCGUCACGCACCCGAACCAGUAUGCGGCGCGCAGCCGGGAGCUGGAGAAGGCAAGGUUGGAGAAGGCAGAGAGCGAGCGGGACGCGAUGGUUGUGGAUGGAUAGGAUGGGAUUUGCGUACUGCAAUGUCUGUGUUGGUUUUGUGACGAUCAGUUGUAUUUUAGUCUUGUGUACGUGGGUGAUGCUGUAUGAAUGUUCUUUUGAAAUAUCAAUACGGUUUCGCGAUCACCAGGACUUGAUUAGGACCGG